GUUGACGCCGUCAACACCAGUUUGAUUAUUCAAUGGAUAAACUUGCGUUUGCGUCCAUUGCAAGGGAUUUUUGUCGCGGUAGGUUGCAGGCAUGGAUGAUACACCGAUAAGUAGAGUGUUUUUAUAGUUGACUUUCGAACAUUUCAGGGUUAUGGAAACGAAAAUUGUUGGUAUAUUACGAUUUUUCGAAUCAGAAGUACCAUUCUUGCGUUGUUUGGUUUAUGAUUUUUGAGGAAGCACCGAACAUGAGAUACCUUUUAUUUCUACGCAUUGCAAUAUAAAUGCAAUAUGACGCUUCCAUUAAUAAGGAGAAUAUUAAAAUUUUUCACUUGUUCCGCUUAUGCCCCUUGAAACAAAGAAAUUACUAGGUUCCAAUACACCAUACAAUCUGUGUAGCCAAUGAGAUUUAAGUUAAUGACGGAAGUCGUGAAUUAAAAUGGUUAGCCAUGCAUUGGAGAUUGUGAGAUGCAUAGUUCCUGGCUGUGAGAAUGCCAACAUCUCCUGCCCUGAGAAAAGUUUUUUUCUCCUUUCGGCCCACGAAGAAAGAUGUCAACACUGGUUGUUAGUUUGUAAAAGGGAAGAUUUGUUAGAAAAUGCUUCGGCAUAUGAUGAAUUUGCUAUAUGUUCUGAUCAUUUCAUUGAUGAUCAAUUUCAAAAUAUAGCUCACACCAAGCUUAAAGAUAAUGCUGUACCAACCAUUUUCCCUUCACAUCAGACAAUGCAUUUUAAUUCUCACAUAAAUGUUGUUGAAGAUAGCAUAGUAUUCAUUAAAUCUGAAGAAACUCCUUUAAUUAAUUAUGAUGUGAUUAAUGAAGGUGAGCAAGGUAGUAAUAACUUUGAGAAUGGAGAUGUGAAGUCCACGCAACAGUUGUGCCGUCUAUGUGCAAAUGUUGCCGAAGAAAUGGUGUAUUUAUUUAAUCCUCCUGGGAAGAAUAUGCAUUUAGCUCAAAAAAUAAAUGCUAGUCUGCCAGUAACUGUUCGUGAUUCUGAUCCCCUUCCAAAACAACUUUGUACAAUCUGUGUAACUAAAGUUAAUAUGUGUCAUGAAUUCGCAGAAAUGUGUGUACUUGCUGAAGAAAAACUUCUUGGGCUUGCAAGGAAUAAUGCUUUUCAUGCUCAUCGUAUUGCUGGAAGUUUUAAAAACAUGCCUGAGAUUGUAGCGUCAGAAAUUGGUCAAAAUUUUAGCAGCAUAACUGUUGUAGAAGGAGGAUCUCAGUAUAACCAUGAAAAAAACUGUGCAUCUGAAGACAUUUCAUGCAAGACUAAUCUCCAUUGUGGCCUUGGUUAUUCAAAUAGACACCUGCAAGAUAACAUAGAAAAUGAGGCAGAUUUUCCUUUGUUUGCUUGCCCUUUAUGUCCUGAAGGCACUGUUGGUAUUAAAGAUAAUGAAGAUUCUAUAAUUGAUGGUUUCCAAAGUGAUGACGAAAGUAGGAAUGAAUAUUCUUUGAAUAUUUCUAAACAGAAGGGUACCUCCUGUACCAUUGUGACCAGAACUGAAAGCGUAGGUACUAAUAUAGUAUUAGAAAAUGCUCUUUUAGAAAUAAAUAAAAAUGAAUGUGAUGAGGAUGAUAAUGAAGAGAGAGAAGAAUGGGGGAAUUCACAUUCCUUAAAAGUAAAUUCUUUGGAGGAGAGUGUGGUAAAAGAUGGAAGUGUCCCUAACAAUUCAAAAAGUUUAGAUAAUACUAAAGUAGAAUGUUAUAUGUGCCAAGAAUCAUUUGACACUUUAGACUUGUGUUUAAAUCAUUCUAAAAUGCAUUUUAGUGAUGGAAAUUACCCUUGUUCUGUAUGCAGUAAAAUUUUUAAUAAUGAAAUUGAACAUGCUCACCAUUGCACACUUCAUACAGCUACAACAAAAAAAAAUAACAAUAGAAAACGUCUACAAUGUGAUAUCUGUGAGAGGAGGUUCAACAGCCAAAGGACUUUUUUCAACCACUCGUGUUUAAAUUCUGACACAAAACAAUAUCGUUGUAAUGCAUGCAAACGAUCUUACAGUACUCAAGAACGGUUAAUUUUUCACAAAAAAUUUCACGAAGGAGCUCGACCAAAUUUUUGCGAACGGUGUGGAAAAGAGUAUGAUAAUGAAGGCGCUUUGUAUUAUCACACAAGGAUGGUACAUGAAGGAGAACGACCAUAUUCUUGUAAUACGUGUGGCAAAAAGUUUUAUUCUAAUUCACGUUUAGUGUCUCACAAGCGAGUUCAUACAGGGGAACGACCUUUUGAGUGCGAGGUGUGUGGAAGAAGAUUCUAUGACAGAGAAACACUAAAGGGACAUUAUGUAACUCACAUGGCAGUUAAACCUUUUCAGUGUGAUUAUUGUGGGGUGUGUUGGGGUCGUAAAAGUCUCUUGAAUCAGCAUAUACGAACCCACCAUUCAGAUGAUAGCAGUGCAUCUCGUCGAGUGCCUUCUCUUAUUCAUUAUUACUGCAAAAUGUGUGACCAAACGUUCACAAAUUCAACUGAUGUACUGAUGCAUCGAACAACGCAUUGGAAGACAAGUUCACCUGAUGAAGAUAUAGAUCCCAGUGCUCAUGUAUGUGAAUAUUGUGGUGAAUCCUUUUCCUUAGUUGCUAUGCUUGUGAAACACAGGAAACAGAAACAUCCUGAUGAAAAACCCUUUGUAUGUAGUCUUUGUAAUACAUGCUCACAUACACUGUAUGAAGCUCGGCUGCAUAGAAACACACAUUCAUUGAGCAAAGAAAUGAAAACAGAAGAAACAAAGGUUGAAAAAUCUUCUACAUUCAUUUGUGAAGCAUGUGGAAACAUUUUUACUGAGAAACGUAAAUUCAUGAGACACAUGCGUGAACACAAAGCAAAUCAUUCUUACAAAUGUCAAGUGUGUGGUAAACAGUUUAUUGAUAACCAGAGACUCACAGUUCACAUGAGACUUCAUACUGGUGAAAAACCCUAUCCUUGUCAUGUUUGUGGCAAAAAGUUUUCUCAGACCUCUGCUCUUUACACUCAUGCCCUCCUUCACACUGGGGAGAAACCUCAUUCCUGUGAUUUGUGUGGCAAAGCAUUUCGAAUCAAGGCUGAUCGUGAUAACCACAGAAGGACACAUACGGGUGAAAAACCAUACAAAUGUGAAUUUUGCAAUAAAACCUUCAGAACUGGUCAAGUGUAUUAUCAGCAUCGCAUGAUUCACACUGGUGAACGUAGGUUCCCCUGUAACAUUUGUGGGAAAGCCUUCAAACGUUCCCACACUUUAGUAGUUCAUAAAAGGAUUCAUACUGGUGAGAAACCAAAUAUUUGUGAUGUUUGUGGGAAAGGAUUUAGGCAGAGAAGUGACAUGAGGAAGCAUCGGGCACUUCAUGGAACAACUGAUCAAGUCAUUUUUUAGCCCUAAUGAUUUAUCUUUUUUUAUUGGUUGAUUGAUUUUGUUUUUAUACACAAAUGUUUGUGAAUGCUGAUAUCUAAAUUAUACUUUUCGAUAUACUGCUAAAUAUAUAACUUGUACAAACUGAAACUUGUGUUUAACUUUUAUUCCAUGAUAAUAUUCAAAAUUAAUUUUCUGUAAAUAUUAAACAAGCUUUGGUCUAAUCUGUGACAAAAACUUGUUUUUUUCUUCUUCUUUCAAAUACAAACUUCAAAGUAUUCAAUAUCAUGCGUUUUAUAUACAGCAGUAACAUAAAGAUUGUAUGAUGAAAUUGGAUUAGCGGGUAAAAAGCUUUUCCUAUGGUAUGCUGCUUAAAAAGAGUUGUUCUUAUUAGAUUGUUGAGACUAUUUAAUUAAGCAAAUAAACUAUGUCGAAGCAAAUGUUGAGAUACAAGUAGAAAUUAAAAUACAAAACUACUCUUGUCAUUCCAAAGCGAUAUAGUUCUGCAGAAAAUUAUGGGGAAAAA